AAUUAAAUCCCCCCACCUUUUCGUAAUCUCCGUUCCUCUUCUCUCUAAAAAAUCACUCCUCUCCCCAAACAACCUCCCGAAGCGAAACAAACAGGCGCUAAAGAGAGAGAGAGAGAAAAGUAAGGGGAGAGAGAGCUUCGUGCUUGCAAUGGAAACCGUCGCUUUUUAGAUCUCGAAAACCCUAGCUUUUUUUCCUUUUAUCAUUUAAAGAUUUUUUUUCUCUCUAGAUUCUGUCUCAUUUUUUUUUCUUUUCAAGAAUCUAGUUAGCCACUGAUCGGAGUUUUCAGUUACUCUGCUUUUCGAAGCAUUGUUGGCUUACAAAUUUUUUUUGGUGGCAUAAUUGAUCCUUUUUACUGACGAAGAAAUCAACAUUCCGUGUUCUGUUUGAUUCAGUCGUGGCCGGCUUUUUGAUCCGGUUUCGUUCUGUUUUUUUACCUGCAUUUUACGUUCUAGUUCAUCGGGGACGGCCUCGCUGUUUGUCUCGUUGGAGAAGGUGUUUGUUAGGGUUUUUGGAGAAGAGAGACAGGAAGAGAAUGGAAAUGGUGAAGUCUGUGUAAAAGGGGAGAAGGAGAUAGAAGAGGAGAGGUGACAAUGGACGAUAGAGGAGGUUCAUUCGUCGCUGUUAGGAGGAUUUCUCAAGGUCUCGAGCGAGGCAACACCUGCCAUUCAACUUCUGCUGAGGUUGUGGCAGGAUCAGCAGCAUGGUUGGGGCGAGGUCUAUCUUGUGUUUGUGCACAGAGAAGGGAGAGUGAUGCUCGUCCAUCAUUUGAUUUAACCCCUGCCCAGGAGGACUGCUUGCAGAGGCUGCAAAACCGUAUAGAUAUUGCCUAUGAUAGUUCAAUCCCUGAGCAUCAGAAUGCAUUAAGGGCCUUAUGGAAUGCUGCGUUUCCUGAAGAAGUACUUCGUGGUUUAAUAUCUGAACAGUGGAAGGAAAUGGGGUGGCAAGGGAAGGAUCCAUCUACCGAUUUUAGGGGUGGUGGUUUUAUAUCGUUGGAGAAUUUGCUAUUCUUUGCUAGGAGUUUCCCAAAAUCCUUCCAGGAUCUCCUUCGGAAGCAGGAAGGUGAUCGGUCUGUGUGGGAAUAUCCAUUUGCUGUAGCUGGUGUGAACAUCACAUUUAUGCUCAUUCAGAUGCUUGAUCUUGAAGCAGUCAAACCAAGGACAAUGGUUGGAGCAACCUUCUUAAAGUUCCUCUCAGGUAUUGCCAGUUUGCCAGUAAUCCUUUUCGAGUCAUUUAGUGAGCUAAUGGACCAUCAGUGGCUUGCUAUGCGUGCAUCCUACAUGGACUUCAAUACAGUGAUGAAAGCCACACGUCGUCAACUGGAACGGGAGCUUUUACUGGAAGAUAUAACGCGGCUGGAGGAUCUGCCUUCCUACAGUCUUCUUGCACGAAACCCAAAAAAAAAAAGAAGGAUUUAAGAUUUUUCCCUAGACAUGGGAAAGCAAGCUGAGUAUCGAGAAGUGUCGAAUCCAGUUUUGUCAGGUUGUGAUGUCCAAUGAUUCAGUCUGAUUUACUGCCUGCGCUUGCCUGGCAUUCUUACCACGAAAUCCUGCUAUCAAAUAAUCCGACCUCAUUUCCAUCGAACUCUGUAUUCGGCUGUCUGCUUUGCCAGGUCAUAUUAUGCGAAAGCCAUAGAAAGAAAGUGACUACCUCUAAAAGCCAUUCUAAAGGGAGGAUCAGUCAUGUUCAUCCUAAUGCAAUUCUUGAUUUCCGGUGGAUGAAUUACACCAUUUUUGUGAUGCUGAAAAGUAUGAAUAAAUCAUGAGGUACGUUUCAAGAGUGCAUUAAAA